AUGGCUGGCACGCCGAGCAUCGCCGCGGCGCCUCCGCCCCGGUCGGGGGGGUCUGGCCCGUGCGCUCCGCCCACGAGGUGGCCCGAGGGCUUCUGCCUCUGCGACCGGGCGGUCCUCGAGGCCGAGGUGGCCGUGGGUACCGACGCCCGGCUGACGGGGCCGUGGAUCGGCGUACUCUUCUUCAGCAAGGCGCUCGGCCGCACGGUGGAGCCGGCGAGAGGUGCGGACAACAAGCCGGUUCCGAAGAGCGCGUCGAUGCCGCCCCUGGCGAUAAACAUGUGCGUCCGGGAUGAUCCCGAGGAGGUUCUGGACGGGCUGUGGCACAUGCUGCCCACGGUAUGCAGCCUCACCACGAGCAUCCGCGUCGCGCAGGCGCUCUCCAUGCCGCAGCAGCACUGCCCCCCCUUCUGGCAAGCGGACCUGUCGGGGAAUCGCGACGUCGAGGAGCCCGACGGCAACAUGGACUCGCGCGACCCUAGCGACGACCGGGCCUGCCUGAUGGAGCACGAGGAGGCUGGCCUGGCAGAGUUGGGUCUGAACCGCUCGCAGGAGGAGGCGAUCGAGAGCGCGCUCCGUCUGGCCUGCGGCGUGCGCUUGGGCCGGCGGAUUCGAGGACCUCCUGGGACUGGAAAGACGCAGAUGCUGGUUGCGAAGCUGGCCUUCCUCCUCCAGCGGGGCCAGCGGUCGUACGUGCACGCCCCCACGAACAUCGCCGUGAAGGAGCUGGCGGUGAGGCUGGCGAGGCGGCUGGAGGAGCGCGGCGGGGCCGGGAGCACGCUGCGGCUCGGGAUCCUGGCGUCGCAGGGGCGGAUGCUGGGGGGGCCCGCCCGCUGGGGCCGCCACGCCGGGGCCAGGGCGGCGGGGCAGCCCGAGCCGCAGGGAGAGGACGCCGUCGUGGAGAAGCUCCUGAUCGACUACCGCAAGAAGAGCAUCAAGCGCAUAGCGAAGUACUGGCAGGGGUGCGGGAAGUACCCCUGGCCUGGCAGCGGCGGCAGCGAUCUAAAAAAGGCCCUGAGGGCCCUGGGCAGGAGCCAGCGGGGCGGCGCUGCGACGGAGGGCGCCACGGAGGCACUCAUGGCCGAGCUGGUCGACACGCUGACCCGCCUGCUGUACACGGUCAGGAGGCAGCUCGAGAGCCUGGAGGGGGAGCUGCCUCCGCCCGGCGAGACCGCAGACAGGGCCUUCCAAGACAUUGCCGACCGUUUGACGCGUCGUGCCAAGCAGCAACAGCAGGAGCAGAGAAAGAAGGAGGCGGGCGCCAGAGAGGCCUGCGAGGCGAUGCAGGCGUCCCUGGCCGAGCUCCAGGAGGCCAUGCGCCAGCUGCGGUCCGCCGCGGAGGACCAGGAUCGGGAGCUGGUGGUGGAGAAGGUCGCCUCCUGCAGAGCGGCCUUGGACGCGGCCCAGCACAGCGCGCGCGCGGUCCACACGCUCGACUCCCAGGUGCUGAGGUCGAUGAUUCUGCGCCACUGUAUGAUGCUAUUCUGCACCGUGACGGGCGCGGGGCAGAAUCUCGCGAGGCUGCAGGAGAUCAAGACCGCCGUCGUGGACGAGGCCUGCAUGGUGCGGGAGAGCGAGAACAUCAUCGUGCUCCGCUCGGAGCUGCAGCGGCUGGUGCUUGUGGGCGACCCGAAGCAGCUACCCGCGGGCUGCAGGGGCGAGGAGGGGCGGCGCGCGCGGUAUGACCGCAGCCUCUUCGAGCGCCUCGAGGAGACUGGCGUCGAGCCGCUUCUGCUGAACGUCCAGUACCGGAUGCACAGGGACAUCCUGGCCUGGCCCAACGACAGGUUCUACGCCAACAUGGUGAAGACCGGCGCGCAGGUGCGGCAGCGGCCGGGCCUGGCUGGCCUGCUCGAGCGCGGCGCCGCCCCAGAGCUCGGGCAGGGCGCCCUGAGUCGAUUCGGGGCCAUGCGUGUCUUCGACACCUCCGGGGCGCGCGCCGAGGAGCGGAGGAGGGGGACUUCGUGGAGCAACGAGGGGGAGGCCAGAUUGGUGCUUGCGCACCUCGACGAGUUCUUCUCGUGCUGCCGGGCGAGGCUGCGCGACAGAGGGAGGGAUUUGAGGGUAGGCAUCAUCACGCCGUACCGUGGCCAGAUCGAGAUCUUCAAGGAGAUGAUCCAGGAGGGGCGGCUGGAAGGCCAGCCGGAGUCACGCCGCUGGCUCGCCGAGGAAGGCCGCACGCAGGUGGCUACGGUCGACGGGUUCCAGGGCCAGGAGUGCGACAUCGUGGUCAUCAGCUGCACCCGAUCGGGGGGCGGCGGCAUAGGCUUCCUCAGCGACGAGCGCCGCCUCAACGUGGCGGUGACGCGCGCCAGGCUGGCGUGCUGGGUCUUCGGCGACUUCGAGACGCUGAUCAGCGGUGAGAGGUUCGGGUGCUGGGAGAGCCUGGCGCGCUUCGCCCGGAAGCACGGCUGGCUCCACAGCGCGGCGCACGGGAUGCCCAGAGCCCGGCUCUCGAAGCUCGACCCGCCGGCGGCCGUGGAUUGGUCGGGCUCGUGGGAGCAGGUCGCCGCGCGUAUGGAGUCCUGCCAGAAGAGGCCAGACGGCCAGAGCGGCUACGCGUGCCUGUCCUGCGGCCGCGGGUUCAAGACCCCGGAGGCGGCUCUGCAGCACCUGGGCGACAAGGCGGGCGAGGCGACCCUGCAGCACCCCGCCGCCGAGGCCGUCGCCCGCUGGGCCGCGGAGCUUGCCGCGGCCCCCCGCGCCCGGCGCGAGGGCCCCGACCAGGCCCAGGGAAGGAGGUUGUUAAAGGUGGUGAAGCAGCGCGCCCUAGGGUUCGAGACCAUGAGCAACAGCGUGCUCCCGGCAGAUUUCAGCUGGGAUUGGCUGGCAAUGGACCUCCAAGCGACAGGCGCCGCCGCCUUGCUGAUGGACCCAGCGCUUGCCCCAGUCCUUUAUUACGUGCACAGCCCCCAUCCCCACUUAUACGGCCGGGGGGACGCUCCUGUCGACCUCUAUGAGCACUGCCGAAAGCUGGUCAGCCACGACGGCUUCCCCUACGACAUAGAGCUAGGCCUGGACCCAGCAAGCUACGUCUACGCAGCAAAGUGGGCGUGUCUCCUGCAGCUCGCAGGGCUCCACCCAAGCAGCAAUUCGGACAAGGUAUCCGGCAUCCUCAAUCUCGCGGACGCACAGGACCAAGAGAAGAUGGACGAGGCGUUCGCAGAAGAUCAAGACCCCCUUGGAGUGUGGAAGCAGGCUCAGUCCGACGAUCCAGCCCAGACCAGCGGCGGCCAGCUGCUCGGGAAAACCAAACGGGCGCAAAUCGCGAUGCAGUCGGCAUGGCGGGGACAAGGGCCCACUGGCCUGCGCGGCUGGUCCCAGCAAGGCACCUGCCGCCUGUUCACGCUCGCCCACCUGGCCGCGCUGCCCCGGGCCCGCCCCGCCUUCGACGAUCGAGGAGCGGCGCCGCGCCCCCUCGAGCCGGCCCAGCGACAAUGGGCAGAGGAGCGGCAGCAACAGCGACAGGGCCCCGAGGGGCCUAACGACGCUCCCCUGGACCCGCGCCCAUGGAUAGAAGACGAUUGCAAGCCUCCGCGGGCUGAUCCAGGCUACGCCCGCCGCGACGACCAUGGCGACGCGCUGCGGUUCGGCCCCGACGGCUGA